AUGAAGCACAAUCGGCGCGAAGAUGGCACGGGUCCGCCUGCUGCGUUGUCCCCGCGCAAGCGACUGAAGCCGGUGCCUUUGCCACAAGAGGUCCAGCAACAGCCCACGGUUCGGAACCUCGUCGAGCAGUUCGCCAUGUCCCCCGAGGAGGCCUUGCAAGAGGCAGCAGCCACGAACCAGUACUUGAACGAGACGUACGGGGAUGUAGUAUUUCGAGGCGGCAAAGGGGGAAAGGCAGCAGAGAAGAAGGAGGAGAAUAGAACGGGUGAUAGCGAUGAUGAUGCAGACGCAGAAGAAGAACAGCAGGAAGACGAAGAAGAAACGGAAGAUGGAGACGACGGAGAGAGUGAUGAUGCAGAAGAAGUGGCCGACAACGACUGUCCUCUUGCAUGUGCGAUCAAAAAAGGUCGAAUGGAUAUGGUCAAAUACCUCUACGCCAACAAAGGACACAGGGCGUCUUCGCUUGAAAUGGUGUCCAUAGCUGCGGCCACCAAUGGGCCCUUUGAAGCUGUGAAGCUUUUGGACGACGGUGGAGUGUACGCUGGCGCGUCGGCGGAGGCCUUUGAGUUUGCUGCUGGUGGCGGCCAAGUUGAGAUUAUGAAGUUCUUUCAGUCGAAAGAAGACUUCGAUGCUGCCUCUCUCGGUGAUUCGCUGGUGAUGGCAGCAUCGUUUGGCAAAGCGGACGUGGUGAGGUAUUUGUACUCUAUCGAAGGAUUUAAGCCUGCAACUGCGCCGAUAGACGAAGUCUUGGCUCAAGCAGCUGGUAAAGGACGCCUGGAAGUGGUCAAGAUCUUGAAUACCAAGGAAAAUCUCUCGCGGGAGGCGACCGAGAAGGCGUUUGCGAGAGCGGUAACGGCUCAUACCGCUGUUAGCGAUCAAGCAGGAGUUGUGAAGUACUUGUACGCUACGGGACGCAUCUCUCCAAGCUUUAUCCGAGGCUGUUUUGUGGCUGCCGCGCAGAUCAGUAGCGUUGAAGUCGUCGAGCUCUUGUAUGCAAAGGGCUCCAUCUCCCCAGACGUGGUUGAGGCGGCGUUUUCCCACGCGGGUGAGACGUACAUUGUGGCGAGAUUGUACAAUUCCGGGUAUGUUUCACGGGAGCUGAUGGCGCGCGAGUCGAAGAGCAUCAGACCCGGCCACGUUCGAGUUGUGCGGUUCCUUCGGCAGAACCUGAGGAAGUCCAGUCCUCAAGUUGCAGCCCAGAAACGCACGACCGAGCCCAAGGACGUGUAUGACACUGCUGCCUACGAUUUCCACCAGCUGAAGUGUGUCAAGACAGAGUGGUUUGCGCGUGACAUUCAAGCUCUCCCUCACGUCACGAAGCUCAUUGACUUGUUCGCAAUGUCAGCCGAAACAGCGGCGAUGGAGGCCGCUGCAACCGGUCAAGUUUUACUGCUGGUGGGCACCCUCGAUGCAAUGAGGUGUUUGGUUUCGCUAUACCGAGAUCCUACGCUGGAGGCGCUGAAGCAAGCAUUGGAUAAUGAUCACCACAAGAUUGUACGACUGGUGUGUGAAGCUAUUGAGUGCAAGAAGUCGCUUCCGUGGGCAGUCGAGAACGGCCAGCUUGAAGUCGUAAAAGCCAUCUACGAGUUUCAUUACCAGGACGGUGACAUACAUCUGCCGGACGUGUAUCAAGCCGUCUUAGCUGUGGCCUCAGCUGGAGACCUACCGAUCGUCCAAUUUUUAAUCGAAAAGUAUGGGGAGGAACUGUAUCCGGAACGUAGUGGCGCUGUCGGUGGACGCCCACUCACAAGAGCUAUAGAAGAAGGCAGGGUGGAGAUCGCGAAGUACCUGUACACGAACAACGCAUUCCUAGCCUCGGCCUUCGAUAUGAUCUUUUCAGCUGCAGCUACACACGGCCCCAUUGAACUCGUACAGCUCAUGUGUAGCGACGAAAGGUGCGAUGCUUGUCUACGCAAGAAGGGUUUUGUCCUUGCGGCUGGAGGUGGCCAGUCGGCAAUCAUGGAGUUCUUUCGGUCAAAAGAAGGCGUCGACGCCUCAGUGGUUAGUGAGGCCUUCGUGAGGACUGCCGGGUGUGGACAGACAAGGAUCGUCGAGCAACUUUACGCGUCUGAAGGACACGAGGCUUUGACUGCCAUCGACGAAGCGGCUAUCCUAGCGAGUGGUGGUGGUCACCUCGAAGUGGUCAAGUUCUUCGAUAACAAAGAACAUGUCACUGAAGAGCUGGGCGUCAAGAUGUUUCAGAGUGCAGCCACAGAUGAAGGGCUAAAAGACGUGAGCAGCGACGACCACGUUGGCGUUCUGGAGUAUUUGUACUCGAAAGGAUGGAUCUCUAUGGAUGCCAUAGCUGAGAUUUUCCCAGAAGCCGCGAGUUACAGCAGCACCGAGGUGGUCGAGUUCUUGUUCAACACAGGGCCGAUGCCGUCUGACGUGGUGGACGAAGCAUUUGAAGAGGCAAGGUGCGGAAACUCCGCCCCCGUAGUGGAAUUUCUCUGUAAAACCGGCGCAGUUUCGUCGGAGUUGAUCGAAGAAGUAUUCAUCGAAGCUGCUGGGGAGAACGCUAUCUACUUCGUGGAGACUUUGUACAAUAGCGGGCGCACGUCGCAGGAAUUACUGGAAAGGGCUCUGCGCGUAGCCCCUGAUGAUGAUGACCACAGCAUAGUCCAGUUAUUCCUCAGGCGGAAGAAAGCUGCCGAAUGA